UUGUGAGCGAAAUGUUUGUGUAAUUUAUUGAUGCAUUGAAUUGAUUGGCAACAAAUCGUCAGAUAUUUCACAACACAAAUGGAUAACUAUUUGGAAAAUUGCAGAAAACAUUUGGUAACAUUGAGUGAAUGGUCGGAACCGAUAGAGUUAGUGGUGGGCAAUGAAAGCUGUGAUCUGGACUCAGCCGUCAGUGCCGUCGGUCUGGCAUUCAUUAAACACACGGAAUAUAAUAAAGUGGAGUCCAAUAACCGAUUAGUUAUUCCCGUUUUGAACACAACUCGAAAUGAAUUACAACUGAAAACGGAAGUGAUUUUUUGGUUUGAAAACUCAGUCCAUUUGAGUCGCGAUGAUCUCAUCUGUUGGGAUGAGAUCGAUGUCCAGAUACUUAAGACAAAGAAAGUGUUGAUAACAUUAGUCGAUCACAACGUGAACGAAGAGAUGGCACGGAUUGGAGAAAUAAUUGAGAUAAUAGAUCAUCACAAAUACGAUGCGACCCGAAGUCCCGUAAGUGAUCCGUCGAAAGUGUUUGUCGACCCGUCGAUCGGUUCCUGUUCUACACUAAUCGCCGAACGCUUUCUUCGAAGCGAUUUGAAAGCCGACACACAAUUGGCUCUUAUGUUCUUUGGGACCAUUAUUUUGGAAACUGCUCACAAAUACAGCGAUCGAGACGUAAACGCUGUCCAACAGUUGGAAGCGAUCAUUGAAGACAAAACCAUCACUCGCUCCGAAUGGUAUAAACAGUUGAUCGACGCCAGGAAUUGCGUAAACGAUAUGACUUUCGAGCAGUUGUUACUUAAAGACAAGAAAUUAGUUCCCAACACAAGAAUUAUCAUUUCAUCGCUCAGUGGAAAGUUGGUGUCGGAAAUGGAUUGGGAAUGUAAUCGUAAGAUUUUACGAGUUAUGACUUCAAAUGCCAACAAUCGGUUUGAGGCCAUCAUUAUGUUAGGAAUUGAUAACAGAAUUCCUGACAAAAUAAGUCGUGAUUUAGCCGUUUUUACCACUAAAACAUCACUUAUGGAAAAGAUUGUAUCAAGGCUGGAGUCCGAAAGCAAUGAACUCGGUUUGACUCUAACCACAGAAUUCCAUGAUUUAAGAAUUUACGAUCAGAAGAAUGUAAAAGCGUCUCGAAAGCAAAUUUUGCCUUUGAUUUCAUCCAUCAACGAAUCCAAUAACACAGCUAUAAUUGCUAUAAAGUGUAUCGGAAUAUAUCUAUUAGAUAUAGAGUGCAACAAAUCUCCGAUUAAUCGGAAAAAAUUGCUGAAAGCGCUCUCGACGGCAGACGUCGACCCAGACUUUGUUCUCAAUUAUAUACCAGAAACCGUCGAUUUUCUCGAAUCGCCUCAAUAUAGUUCUGUGGGAACUGAGGAUCUGAAUGAACACUCAAUUCCGUCUUCUCCUGCAAAAGAUGCAACCAAUGGUACACUUAAUACAGAAACAACUGAAGUGAAUAAAGAAUCAGAGCUUGAAAUACCAAAUAUUGAUGUUUCGAAAGUAAAUAAUCCGGAAUCAGUCUACGGCUCAUAUAUUGAAGACUCAUUUGUUGGCGAAUUAGUCGGCGAUUAUCCCAAUAAUGAUAACGACAAGGAGUGCAAUGAUUUGGAGACCCAAUGGACUCUAAAUAACGGAAUGAAUAAUGAAAUGGAGUUUGAUUUUGAUUCAUUUGGUCCCGAAUCCAUCAUAUAUACCGGUAAUCACGACAAUGAUAAUCAUAAUGAAGAAAACAAUUCAACUCUUAAACACUCUGCCAGUGAAGAGACACUAAAAACAGAAAUGGCUUCAAAUGAAUUAAAUACAAUCAAAACUAAUGGAGAAACCAAUGAAGAAAACACACGUGAGGUCACAGAAAAGGAAGAGAAGAAAAGUGAAACUCCUGUGCAAUCGUUAACAGUUCCGAAUGAGUCCAGUCCUACUUCUGAAUCCGAUUUAAGCCAAUCAUUGAACGAAGAGAGGGAUCAGAUAACUCCCUUUAAACGCAAUGCUUCUCUAACACAAAGUCAGAGAAAGAAAAUUAGUCCACGAAUUAAUAUCCAACAGAUUCUUAACUCAUCGGAUGAGUUAAGUCCUGGAGUCGGCGGCAUUGCUCUUCCUGACAGCCAUCCCCUCUCAUCCAGUGAUUAUCCUUCCAGUGAACCCAAUAAUGAUAAUAAUGCCAAUAAUUUGAAUGCCAACGAAGAGCGUGAAAGUAAAGGUUUGGUUCGGCGGCCAUCGACUACUAAAAAGAAGAUUCCAGUAAAUCGCGAAUUCUUCAAAAGCGAUGAAUUUAAUGGUGGAGAAGGAGAGCCGUCCGCAGCGAUCGUAGAGCUCUCUGCGCGUCAAGAAAUGGACGAAUCGAGAGCGUGGUCUCAGUCCUGUCCUAUUGGUCCCGACGGUGAGGUCAAACCAAUCGAUAUGAAAGUUAUCGAUCCCUACAAGAAAGUCAUAUCACACGGCGGAUACUUUCACUCCAGUACUGGAAACAGCCAUCAGUCGGGCGCCAGUCCUGCUAUCAUAGUAUUCUCCGCCUGUUAUCUGCCCGACCGCUCACGAAAAGACUACAAUUACGUUAUGGAUCACCUCUUCAUGUAUGUGUUGACGACUCUCCACAAUCUGAUUGCUGACGACUAUAUCCUCAUAUACUUCCACAACGCGGGUCUGUCCACUCUCGGCAAUAAUAUGCCAACGUUUGGAUGGCUUAAGCGGUGCUAUUAUAUGAUGGAUAGGAAACUGAAGAAGAAUUUGAAAGGACUAUAUUUAGUGCAUCCGACCUUCUGGUUAAAGACACUGAUUAUUAUGAGUAAACCAUUCAUUAGCUCUAAGUUUUCAAAGAAAUUGAAAUUUGUAGCGACUUUAGCCGAAUUGAGUGCUCUCUUACCCAUAGAGCACAUCGCUAUUCCAGAAGCCGUUAAAAUCUAUGACGAGGAAAACGCUAACAAUAUUCUCUAA